AUGGCUGAAAAUAAGGCAAAAGCCUUCGAUGGAGCAGAGUUGACAUCUUUUGACAUCUUGACUCUGGACGACAGCGUUCCUAACGAUGAAAGCCGGGAGCUCCUGCUCGACCCAAACAGGCUCACGUUCAUUUCUAUCCUUCGUGUCUCUCUGCCCGAGGAUGGACUGAGCACACAGGAUGGAUUGGUCUUCAAGGGAGAGAGAGUGGUGAUUCCAGAAGCACUCCAGGCAGAUAUAACACAGCGAAUUCACUCAACACACAUCGAGACAGAAGGGUGCCUCAGGAGAGCUAGAGACUGCGUCUGCUGGCACGGUAUGAACGACCACAUCAAAAAGUACGUCGCUACAUGUGACAUAUGUCGGUCUGUGGAUGCGAAACAACAGAAAGAGACACUAAAACCACAUGAGCCGACCACCAGACCAUGGACCAAAGUUGGGACAGAUUUAUUCAACUUUGAGGGUAGGGACUACCUAACAACUGUUGAUUAUUACUCCAACUUUUGGGAGAUAGAUUAUCUACCUGAUACCAAGUCGAGUACUGUGAUUAGGAAACAGGUUUCACAAUGA